AAUAAAAAACGUAUUAUUAAAAAUUGUACUCCACAUCCUAUACUUUAUAAUUCUUAUAUAUUAUUUAUAUAGCAGUGAGUAUUAUAAUUCUUAUAUAUUAUUUAUGUAGCAGUGAGUAAAAAGAGAAAUAAGAAAUAAAAAUGCAGUUGGAAAAAAAAAUGUCCAACCAAAGUCUCGAACCCACGAACUUUAGAACAUGAACCUGUACCGUAACGCUCACAGCUAAAACAGCUUCUGUUGAGAACUUGAAUGUUCCAAUAUAUCUAGUAACCUGUUUAAAGCCAUUUUUUAUAAAAACGGCUGGCCAGAUACCCCUAAUAUUUUGCACUUUUUUUAUGCCCAUCAGCUCCCAUAAUUUAAGCCCGGUCUCGUUGAAAAAGUGCUCCGGAUCGCGACCUUCCCUUGUAAGGAUCAAACUCGCUGCUUUCGAGUGCGUUCUACGCGCCGCCGGAAGAAGAAGGAAAGGAGGACCAAAGGAAGGAGUAGGAGUCAUCGCGCGUAUCCAGCCACUUUCAUUGUUAUUCGAUCUGCCUUGAUCCGAAGGCGCGAGCCGAACGCUCUAUUCGCAUCUCACGGAGAAAUAAGAUUUUUCCACCUAUCGGAGACGAUUAAUCACGCUUCGAAACUUCAGUGAUGUCGGCGUUGAAGCUACCAGCGGCCUUGUCGUUGGUGUUCCUGACGGUCAGUUUCGGCCGCGCAAAUAUUGGGAAUUGGGAAGCCUGCGGCGGAAGAUUGGAGCGUGCCCUGGAUGCACUUCACAGAGACUCCGUUAGAAGAAACAGAUUGGAGGAGGAAGAAGCUGGAACGUCCUAUCAGCAAGAACUUCGUUCUGCACCACUUGAGAUGUCAGUCUCCCGGAUUGCUGUUAAACUGCCGCAGGGUGACGCAGAGACUGGGAAUCCAUGGGCAAGAGUAGAGAAGUGCGUCUACGAGCCCAGCAACAAUUCCCUGAAGACACGAGUAAUGUUCAACGACCUCUCGGUAUCUGGCAUGGUGUCGCUGAUGCCGAGAGACCAUCAGCCACCGAUUCCAGCCGAGUCCUGCAAGAUGACGUUGAGACUUCGUCGAGCAGGCAUCGAUUUCUUAACCAAUCCUAUCGCUCGCGGCAGGGGACAGAUGCGAAUUCGAACGGAGUCUAGUUUCCUGGAGCCCAGGUUCGCCUCUAUUUACGCCUACGACUGCCACGCGAGGCGUUUGGACAAGCAGAUCAAGAGGCAGGACAAGUGGCCGCCGUUUCAUCCCCAUCGCGACGAGUUCACCGUGCUGUCGCUACCACCGGCCAAUGACUACGAGGCAGCGGAGCCACGUCAGUUAGUCGGCGUUUCCAAGGAAGUGGAUGUCGUAAUCCCGGACGAGACGCGUCAGUCUCGGUUCCUAAGUCGGCCAGUUUCAAAAUUGGGCAUUUGGCGAAAGAACGUAUGGCUCACCAAGCCGGCAUCCCGCGAAAGGAGGGAUCUCCUGCGGUCGGGUGUCCUCGAGGGUCCUCCGAGCGUCCACCGCUUUCCAGGAUCUGUCGAAACGGCUAGGAAAGUCGGUCGUCGCUCGAGGAGGGUCUCGAGAUCAACAGCGACGAUCACUCCUCAGGAUUUCGCCACCGCGUUGACCAGGAAGAGGCUCGGAACGAACGAAACCAGCAACUGCACCGAACGCGAGGAAAGUUUGGAGAACGCCACGGAUAUUUUCUUAACGUGCGCGAACAACAGCGAACUGAAGACUAAUUUCAAGAGGGAGUACAGCUAUAGCGCGAUCAGCGACGACGAUCCACCCGAGACCAGGCAGCUGUACGUCGACGAGAGUUUGGACAACAUCUUUCCGGUUGAUCUAGAGAACGACAGCAGAAGUUGGCAGUCCAAGGAGCACAUAGCCAGAGAGAUGGAGGACGUGUUUCUGAGAGGUGCUAGCCAAGCAUUGACCAGAUACAUCGAGAGACAGCUCCAUCCAGCUAUCAAAGAAACCCUCAUGCUCUCCAUGGGGUACACUAUCAGCUAUGGAUAAGGCGCCACCUUGUCUUCGU